UGGAGGCUGAAAUCUAAUACACACUCCCAGGUAAAAGUCCAAUUGAACUCCAGAAGAUGUGCAUAGGGUAGCACUGUAAGGCAAAAAGUUCUAUCUUCCAAACCUCAAAGAUCAAUGCCAUGGCUGGGGAAAUGGAUCCACAAGGUGCUCAACACAGCCCAACAUUCUCGGAUAAAAGUCCUGAGUCAUCUCCUGUGAAGAGAAGAUCUCUCCCAAUUUCAAAGCUAAAGAUAUUUCUUGCAGCCCUGGCAUUUGCCUUUUUCGCCAGAGGGCUUUCAGGAAGCUACAUGAAGAGUAGCAUUACGCAGAUCGAGAGGAGAUUUGAACUCUCAUCCUCCGUGGUUGGCCUGACCGAAGGAAGCUUUGAGAUAGGAAACCUAUUAGUGAUGGUGCUGGUGAGUUACCUUGGAGCAAAAGUUCAUCGUCCAAAGGUAAUUGCUGUGGGGUGCCUCGUCAUGUCCUUUGGAUCAUUCGUAUCAGUGCUGUCUCACUUCAUCAUGGGGCGUUAUGAUUACAAAAGCAUUGCCGUUUCUAUGGCCAAUUCUUCUGCAAGUGUGUCAGCCUGCUCUUCUGCCUCCCCUCCUCACUUGGAAAGUUCUGGAAAUGCAACGUCUCUUGGUUGUAAAAGAACGAGCAGUUCUUACCUGUGGCUCUUUGUGGUAGCUGGGAACUUCCUACGUGGAAUUGGGGAAGCACCCCUCAUGCCACUGGGCUUGUCUUACAUUGAUGAUUUUGCCACUGAAGAAAACUCCGCCUUUUACAUAGGAACGGUAAGGACAUUUGGGCUCUUUGGACCAACUUUUGGCUACAUGCUUGGAUCCUUCUGUGCUAAUCUGUGGGUUGACAUCGCAGUGGUAGAUGUUGAGACGUUGACAAUCAAUUCCAAGGAUAUGCGCUGGGUUGGAGCCUGGUGGCUUGGGGUACUCAUCUGUGGAGUCAUCAACUUCAUAGCCUCCUUACCUUUCUGGUUCCUGCCUUACUCUUUGCCAAAACAAGGUAAAGGAAAGAGCAUUAAUAAAUCAAGUGAAGUCUAUACAAUCACCAAAGAUAGCCCUAGUAAAGUAGAACCUCCGAAGCCACCACCACCUCCACCACCACCUCCACAGCUGAAGGUUUUGGAGGCUGCAAAAGAGUUCUUUCCUGUGUUGAAGAAGCUACUUGGAAACUCUAUCUUCCUGGUCUAUUUGUUCUUCAGUACCCUACAGUUCAGUGCGCUCGCUGGCUCUCAGAUGUUUGAGCCAAAGUUUAUGGAACAGCAGUUCAACGUAUCUAUUUCAAGAGCCACUUUUCUUAUUGGCAUUAUCUUUUUACCCAUCGCCAUUGUGGGGAUGUUCCUGGGAGGUUAUCUCAUCAAGAAGUUCAAGUUGAACACAGUGGCCAUGGCAAAGUUUGGGUGCAUCGUCUUUCUGGCAUCCUUCCUGUUAAACCUGCUUUACUUUAUGACCAACUGUGAGGUGCUUCAAGUGGCUGGCUUGACUGUCAACUACUCUGGCAUAAAAGAACCAUCAUACUUUCAAGAAAAUGCAGUGUCUGCCUGCAAUGCUCAUUGCAGCUGUGAAGAAACCUAUUGGGAUCCUGUUUGUGGAAGUGACGGAAUCACCUACAUGAGCGCCUGCUUAGCUGGCUGCACAGCUUCGGUGGGACAUGGGAAGGAUAUGGUUUUUCACAACUGCAGUUGUGUGGGAGUAUCAGUACCUAGAAAUUUUUCUGCAGUUUUGGGUCAAUGUCCAAGAGAUGAUUGUACUCAAACAUAUCCUUAUUUUUUAGCUUUGAUAGCCAUAAUGGCAUUUAUUUUAUGCUUGGGAGCAACACCAUUGUACAUGCUUAUGUUCAGAUCAGUUUCACCCGACUUAAAAUCUUUUGCUGUUGGCAUUGAAACUUUGUGUGGAAGGAUAUUUGGAGGAUUCCCAGCGCCUAUUUAUUUUGGAGCUUUGAUCGAUAAGACCUGCUUGAAAUGGGGUGUGAAAAGCUGUGGUGGAUCAGGAGCUUGCAGAGUGUUUGAUACACAAGCAUUCAGAAAUGUCUACCUUGGACUCAGUUGUUCGCUCAAAUUUGGAUGCUGCCUCCUCUAUAUCCUUCUCUGUGUUUUAAUUGUGAGGCGAUUCAGACAGGACAGCCAAGAGGCAAAGGAUAACAAAAACAUGGAAGAGCCUGCCAUACCUAGCCUGAAGAAAGAAGAGUCCUCUCAUGUGGAGACAUCAGAAAAUGGAGGCACACGCUUCUGAAAAGGGAUGCUAAUUUGGAUUCUCUCAUACAUAGGAAUGUCACAAGAAUCUGUGGUGGGUGGUGGGUGGGGAUGGAGUCCAAUGGAGUCACCCCACCUCACCUCCUGGACCCCCGCACUGAGCCAUGGGGCACUCAUGUACCUGCUCACCAUAUACCACACAGUUCACGAGUGCCCAGCGGCUGCCCAUCUACAUAGCGCACGGCCAUUUUGUGAAAAACAGAGGCUCCGGAAUUUCCAGAAAUCUAAUGGUGUGUAAAUGGUGGCCAUAAAGGAGCCAUUUGUGCAACAUUACAGGUGUGAAUGGACCAUCCAUCCCUACUCAU